CAAACAUCAGUAAACUUUACGUAGCCGAACAAGAUGGCUGUUAGUGAUAGUAAAGCUCCUUUAAGAUAUGUAAAAAGGGUACAAUUCGGCAUCCUCAGCCCUGAUGAAAUUAGACGUAUGUCUGUCACAGAAGGUGGCAUCCGCUUUCCAGAGACCAUGGAAGCGGGCCGCCCUAAACUUGGAGGUCUUAUGGAUCCCCGGCAAGGGGUCAUGGAUCGACAUUCUCGAUGUCAGACUUGUGCAGGAAACAUGUCAGAAUGUCCAGGACAUUUUGGACACUUAGACCUUGCAAAACCCGUAUUUCACAUAGGAUUUAUUACAAAAACUAUAAAAAUAUUGAGAUGUGUUUGUUUCUACUGCAGUAAACUUCUUGUUAGUCCCAAUAAUCCCAAAAUUAAAGAAGUAGUUAUGAAAUCAAAAGGUCAGCCAAGAAAAAGAUUGACUUUUGUGUACGAUUUAUGCAAAGGAAAAAAUAUAUGUGAAGGUGGAGAUGAGAUGGAUGUAGGAAAAGAAGGAGAAGAUCCUGGUAAAAGACAGGGUCACGGUGGUUGUGGUCGGUAUCAACCUAAUAUUAAAAGAGUAGGACUUGACUUAACAGCUGAAUGGAAACAUGCAAAUGAAGAUUCCCAAGAAAAAAAAAUUGCUCUUUCUGCAGAAAGAGUUUGGGAGAUCUUAAAACAUAUAACAGAUGAAGAAUGUUUCAUAUUGGGAAUGGACCCAAAAUUCGCCCGUCCUGAUUGGAUGAUAGUAACAGUACUUCCAGUACCUCCAUUGCCAGUACGUCCUGCAGUUGUUAUGUAUGGAUCUGCUAGAAAUCAAGAUGAUCUCACACAUAAACUUGCAGACAUUAUUAAAUCAAAUAAUGAAUUGCAGCGUAAUGAAGCAGCAGGUGCUGCAGCUCAUGUAAUCAACGAAAAUAUUAAAAUGUUACAGUUUCACGUGGCAACUUUGGUUGAUAAUGAUAUGCCUGGGAUGCCCAGGGCAAUGCAAAAAUCGGGAAAACCUCUGAAGGCUAUUAAAGCACGUCUAAAAGGAAAAGAAGGUCGGAUUCGAGGAAAUCUUAUGGGUAAACGUGUUGAUUUUUCGGCACGAACUGUUAUCACUCCAGAUCCUAAUCUUCGAAUUGACCAAGUUGGAGUGCCAAGAAGCAUUGCACAAAAUCUUACAUUUCCCGAAAUAGUAACACCUUUUAAUUUUGAUAAAAUGUUAGAGCUUGUUCAAAGAGGUAAUUCUCAAUAUCCUGGUGCAAAAUACAUCAUCAGAGACAAUGGUGAAAGAAUUGAUUUAAGAUUUCACCCUAAACCCUCUGAUUUACACCUUCAGUGUGGAUAUAAGGUAGAGAGGCAUAUUCGUGACGGUGAUUUAGUUAUUUUUAAUCGUCAACCUACCCUUCACAAAAUGAGUAUGAUGGGGCACAGGGUUAAAGUUCUACCCUGGUCUACUUUUCGUAUGAAUCUUAGUUGCACUUCACCAUAUAAUGCUGACUUUGACGGUGAUGAAAUGAAUCUACAUGUGCCGCAAAGUAUGGAAACAAGAGCUGAAGUGGAAAAUUUACAUAUUACACCCCGUCAAAUUAUUACCCCACAAGCAAACAAGCCUGUCAUGGGUAUUGUGCAAGACACUUUGACAGCUAUUCGUAAAAUGACAAAACGUGACGUAUUUAUCGAAAAAGAGCAGAUGAUGAACCUUCUCAUGUUUUUGCCCAUUUGGGAUGGAAAAAUGCCGAAACCAGCUAUUCUCAAACCAAAACCAUUGUGGACUGGGAAACAGCUAUUUUCUCUAAUAAUUCCAGGAAAUGUUAACAUGAUCAGGACGCAUUCUACACAUCCAGAUGAUGAAGACGAAGGCCCAUACAAGUGGAUUUCUCCAGGGGACACAAAGGUAAUGGUAGAGCAUGGUGAACUAGUAAUGGGAAUUUUAUGUAAAAAAACACUGGGUACUUCUGCUGGAUCUCUAUUACAUAUUUGUAUGUUAGAAUUGGGACAUGAAGUGUGUGGCAGGUUCUAUGGUAAUAUCCAAACGGUGGUAAAUAACUGGCUAUUAUUGGAAGGUCAUAGUAUUGGUAUCGGUGACACCAUUGCUGAUCCCCAAACAUAUCUAGAAAUUCAAAAAGCAAUCAAAAAAGCUAAAGAAGAUGUCAUUGAAGUAAUUCAGAAAGCCCACAAUAUGGAAUUGGAACCUACGCCCGGUAAUACCCUGAGGCAAACAUUCGAAAAUCAAGUAAACAGAAUCCUAAAUGAUGCUCGAGACAAAACUGGAGGCAGUGCUAAGAAAUCUUUGACUGAAUACAAUAAUUUAAAAGCCAUGGUAGUCGCAGGAUCCAAAGGUUCCAAUAUCAACAUUUCCCAGGUUAUUGCUUGCGUAGGUCAACAAAAUGUUGAAGGUAAACGUAUACCUUUCGGUUUCCGUAAACGUACGUUGCCUCAUUUCAUCAAAGACGACUAUGGUCCUGAAUCAAGAGGAUUCGUUGAAAACUCAUAUUUGGCCGGUCUCACUCCUUCCGAAUUUUAUUUUCACGCUAUGGGUGGUCGUGAAGGUCUUAUUGAUACUGCUGUAAAAACUGCCGAAACUGGAUAUAUCCAAAGACGUCUUAUAAAAGCUAUGGAGUCAGUUAUGGUACACUACGACGGUACCGUAAGAAACUCUGUUGGUCAACUUAUCCAAUUGCGUUACGGAGAGGACGGCCUUUGUGGUGAAAUGGUCGAAUUUCAGACCCUUCCCACAGUAAAAUUAAGUAACACUGCUUUCGAACGUAAAUUCCGAUUUGAUCCAAGUAACGAGAGAUAUCUGAGGCGAAUUUUUAAUGAAGAUAUAAUCAGACAGUUGAUGGGUUCUGGAGACGUUAUUUCCGAAUUGGAGCGUGAAUGGGAACAACUGCAAAAGGACCGCGAAGCCUUGAGACAAAUUUUCCCCAGUGGUGAAUCAAAAGUGGUGUUGCCCUGUAAUCUACAGAGAAUGAUUUGGAAUGUACAAAAGAUCUUCCACAUUAAUAAGCGAGCCCCGACAGAUUUAUCACCACUAAGAGUUAUUCAAGGCGUGAGAGAACUAUUGCAAAAAUGCGUUAUAGUAGCCGGAGAAGAUAGACUUUCCAAACAAGCUAACGAAAAUGCCACGUUACUAUUCCAAUGUCUUGUAAGAUCCACUUUAUGUACAAAAUGCGUUUCCGAAGAGUUCCGUCUUAGCACUGAAGCUUUUGAAUGGUUGAUAGGAGAAAUCGAAACUCGAUUCCAACAGGCCCAAGCUAAUCCAGGCGAAAUGGUCGGCGCUUUGGCCGCACAAUCUCUCGGUGAACCUGCCACUCAAAUGACACUGAACACUUUCCACUUUGCUGGUGUAUCUUCAAAAAAUGUAACGCUGGGUGUACCACGUCUUAAGGAAAUUAUUAACAUCUCAAAGAAACCUAAAGCUCCUUCGUUGACGGUCUUUCUAACAGGAGCUGCAGCUCGAGAUGCAGAGAAAGCAAAAAAUGUGUUGUGUAGACUGGAACAUACUACACUCAGAAAAGUUACAGCAAAUACAGCUAUCUAUUACGAUCCUGACCCACAAAAUACCGUCAUCCCUGAGGACCAGGAAUUCGUGAAUGUAUACUAUGAAAUGCCUGAUUUUGAUCCAACUAGAAUAUCACCCUGGCUCCUACGUAUUGAACUUGACAGAAAAAGAAUGACUGAUAAAAAAUUGACUAUGGAACAGAUCGCUGAAAAAAUUAAUGCUGGUUUUGGUGACGACCUAAAUUGCAUUUUUAACGACGAUAACGCAGAAAAACUUGUUUUACGAAUUCGCAUAAUGAAUAGCGACGACGGCAAAUUUGGCGAAGGGGGUGAUGAAGAAGUUGACAAAAUGGACGACGAUAUGUUCUUACGAUGCAUCGAAGCAAAUAUGUUAAGUGACAUGACUCUACAGGGUAUUGAAGCCAUUUCAAAAGUGUAUAUGCACUUGCCACAAACUGACAGUAAGAAACGUAUCGUUAUUACUGAAACUGGAGAGUUCAAGGCAAUUGCAGAGUGGUUAUUGGAAACUGAUGGAACCAGUCUAAUGAAAGUACUAUCUGAGAGAGACGUAGACCCUGUACGAACAUUUUCCAAUGACAUUUGCGAAAUAUUUUCGGUCCUCGGAAUAGAAGCUGUUCGAAAAUCUGUAGAAAAAGAAAUGAAUGCCGUCCUACAGUUCUAUGGUUUAUACGUAAACUAUCGACACUUGGCUCUGCUUUGCGAUGUUAUGACUGCAAAAGGUCACUUGAUGGCUAUUACACGUCACGGUAUUAAUCGACAAGACACUGGUGCACUUAUGAGAUGCUCAUUCGAAGAAACGGUUGAUGUCCUGAUGGACGCGGCCUCUCACGCCGAAGUCGACCCUAUGCGUGGUGUAUCCGAAAAUAUUAUCCUCGGUCAAUUGCCCCGCAUGGGAACUGGGUGUUUCGACUUAUUAUUAGAUGCUGAAAAGUGCAAAAUGGGUAUCGCGAUACCCCAAGCCCAUGGUGGAGACCUCUUAUCAUCGGGCAUGUUCUUCGGAUCAGCGGCCACACCUAGUAUGAGUCCUGGCGGUGGUAUGACGCCUUGGAACCAGGGUGCAACGCCUUACGUCGGUAGCGCUUGGUCGCCACAAAAUCUAAUGGGAAGUGGUAUGACACCUGGAGGUCCCGCGUUUUCACCUUCAGCAGCAUCCGACGCUUCAGGGAUGUCACCAGCAUAUGGAGCCUGGUCUCCGACACCUCAAUCACCGGCCAUGUCACCGUACAUUCCUUCGCCGCGUGCGACAUCCCCUUCAUAUAGUCCUUCAAGUCCAGCAUAUCAACCGUCGCCAUCGAUGACUCCCGUUUCACCGGGUUAUUCUCCUAGUUCUCCAGGAUACUCUCCUACUAGUCCAAAUUAUAGUCCAACAAGCCCAAGCUACUCGCCAACGAGCCCAAGUUACAGUCCCACGUCCCCGAGCUAUUCGCCUACUUCGCCAAGCUAUUCCCCUACUUCGCCAAGUUAUUCACCUACUUCGCCAAGUUAUUCGCCAACAAGUCCCAGUUAUUCACCCACGAGUCCAAGUUACUCACCGACUUCUCCAAGUUACUCACCCACAAGCCCCAGCUAUUCACCUACUAGCCCAAGUUAUUCACCAACCAGUCCUAGCUACAGCCCUACAAGCCCUUCAUACAGUCCCACAUCUCCUAGUUACUCCCCGACCAGUCCAAGUUAUAGUCCAACAUCACCUAGUUAUUCUCCUACGAGCCCCAAUUAUUCGCCUUCGUCACCUCGUUAUUCGUCUACUUCUCCCAGCUAUUCCCCCACAUCUCCUAGUUACUCCCCAUCUUCUCCACAGUACUCACCAGCUUCGCCGAGUUACUCACCAUCAUCACCUAAAUAUUCACCCACGUCUCCGAGUUAUUCACCUACAUCUCCAUCUUUCGCCGGAGGAAGUCCUCAAUACUCUCCCACUUCGCCCAGUUACUCCCCGACGUCACCAAGUUACUCUCCUUCGUCUCCACAGCACACUCCCGCAGCCAGCUCCAGAUAUUCUCCAUCCUCUCCUAAUUAUUCGCCAACCUCCCCAUCCUAUUCACCGACUUCUCCUCAGUACUCUCCCAAUGCAAGUACAAAAUAUUCACCUACUUCACCGACAUACACACCCACAUCUCCGAGUUAUUCUCCCGCGAGUCCAGCCUAUUCACCUCAACCGCCAAGGUAUUCGCCCUCGUCUCCAAGUUAUUCACCGACAAGUCCGGACUUAGACCAAGAUUAAAAAUGUACUUUUAUGAAUUUUAUUUUUAGAUUUAAUAAUUUUUCUAUAAAGGUUGUUAUUUUCUUAUGAGUGAUUUAAAAUCACUACUGCGUUUGUAGUAAACACAUUUUCAUUAUAUUUCAUGUACAUUAAAUUUGUUAAUAUAUUGCUUUAAAUAGA